CAGCUGACUCUGACUUUGCUCUCUCCUUUCAUUUACGAUUUGUGUCUUAAAAAUGAACGACCCAAACAAGGCGAUCUCCGUUAAUUUAUCAUCACUGCUUAGUUUAAAAGCAGAAUUACAGCGCAAGCAGCAUGAAGUCAAAAUGGCCAAGGAAUCAAGCACGGUGGACAAUAAAUUCCGGCCAAGCAAGAUUCACAGCAAAAGUGAGAAGUCACCCAGAAACAGCAAUAAGGAUGGAAACUAUGUGGAGAUUAGCCGUAACGAUGACUUUAAAGUGUAUGAAUCGGAGGACUUUGGACAGUUGGAAAAGUCUCGCCGUAUACUGGAGGCCAAGAGCAAAUAUUACGAACAGAUGACACGCAGUGGCGGCAGCUUAAACUCGGAUGAUAAUUGUUUGGUAAUGUUUAAUCGUAAGCGCCAGGAGCAGCACCGUGACGAAAGACAACACCCAAGCCCAUCGCCGCAUAGAAGAAUAAGUAGGAACAACAGCACAGACGAAGACGAAGGAAAUGCAGAGACUGGAAACGAUGAUGACGAAGUGGAAUACACGGAUUGCCUAGGAAGAACCCGUACCUGCUUGCGCAAAGACCUAAAAGAAGCCCUGCGACGGGACAAGCAAUUGGCGGACAGCAUGCCCGAGCGGUUGGAUCAAACGAAAGCCAAUUGGUUGAUCGACACGAAAUGCAACCACGACAGCGACCCUGAGGCAAACGAUGAUGAGCCCAGCUUUGGCCCAAAGCCCACAGAGAGUGUCUACAGCGAUGCGCUGUCUACGAUGACAAAGCACGAUGAGCAGCGCGCCAACUGGGAGCGCAAAGAGCAAGAAAAUAUCGAAAAGCCCAAUGUACAUUACCAAGACGUGUUCUUUGACGAAGCGCGCACACACGGCGUGGGGUACUAUGCCUUCUCCACGGACGAGGCUGAGCGAAUGCAGCAACAGCGGGAAUUGGAAAAAGCCCGCCAAGAAACGCAAGCAGAGCAGAAGCGACGCGACGAUUUGCGGGCAGAACGAAAUCGAAUCAUUGCGGCACGCGUGUUGGCUGCGAAGAAUCGCAUCAGAGCGCGCAACGGUCUGCCGGCCAUCAGCCAGGAGGAAUACGAAAAGGAGCUGCAGCUCAAGGCAUCUAAAGGCGAAAUCGAGGCACGAGAAGUUGAACGCGAGCAGACUGCGGAGGAAGCAGAACUGCAGAAGCAAAAGGCCGCCGAUGAAGCUGAACGUGAGAGGCUGCGCAAAGCCCAUGUUCGCGACUGGGACAAGGACAAGGGCAAGAGCGGCAUUGCCAAAAAUUCAGACGAUGACGAUGAACAGUCCGCAGCACCGGUAGAAUGGCAAUACAAGCCCGAACGAUUGCCCAUGUCGCAGGAGGAAUGGAACGAGCAACAACGUGCGGUGCGUGCUCCAGAAUUUGCGCCUAUGCCAGAAAUGGAGGCAGCUCCAAAACGCCUGAGCUUCAGCAGCGUGCCAUCAACGUUAUCUACGUGGAGCGGCGAGCAGGAGUUUAGAAGCUAUCAUUCCACCCAGCGCGAAAAACAAUUCCAGAGGCGGAACUAUACUAAAUCUAAUGAUGAUCUUUAUGCUGAAGAGCCAAUAGCAAGUAGCUCCAGUCAUGAUCGGAAUCAUGGCGCUACCAUUCCUCCGCCUGAUUGUCUCGUGGAAGGUUUCAGUGGCCCGUCCGCAGCGAAGCGAGUUAAAUCCCAAGCUGAGCUAGAGCGCUCCAUUGAGGCGGGCUUGAGGUUUCUGCGCGAGAGCUGCGAUAAAGGAGUGCUGGGUAGCAAAACGACCUGGACUUCCAAGGCCGAUUAUUAACUAUUAA